CCUAAAUUUAAAACGAUUAUGACCGUGGGUGUUUUCUUUUGAUUGGAAGGUUUAAAUCCUAAGAUAUGAUGUGGCGAACACUUGUUUCCGUAAAGAUAAAAGUAAAAUAAUUCUUCUAGGAUAAAAAAAUAUGAGUUGGCAAUUUUUUAACGCAAGAAAUAUUUUACAUAUAUUCUAAUAAAAAAAUAUAAUUAGUUGGAUACUUAAAAAUGAAGAUAAAUAUUUAUAUGCUCACCAUUGCUAUUUGGUGCUUAUGUUAUGUCCGUAGUGGUGAACCUGAUUUCUAUGAACUGCUUGGUAUAUCGAGGGAUGCAAAUAUCCAAGAAAUAAGAAAAGCUUUCAAAAAAAUUGCUGUGAAGAUGCAUCCUGAUAAGAAUACUGAUGAUCCAAAGGCACAUGAAAAUUUCUUGAAAUUCACUAGGGCAUAUGAAGUACUCAAAGAACCAGAAACAAGGAAACAUUACGAUUUAUAUGGAGAUACAGGAUCUGAUUUGAAUGAUGAAAAACAUUAUCAUAGUUAUUCCUAUUAUAAGAAUGACUUUGGUAUUUACGAUGAUGAUCCCAUCAUUGUGACUUUGAGUAGAUCUGAUUAUGAGGUGAACAUACUGGAUGAUGCACAGAUGUGGUUUGUCAAUUUUUAUUCUCCUCAAUGCCAUCACUGCCACGAAUUAGCACCUACUUGGCGUAAAAUAGCCAAAGAAUUCCAAGGAACCAUUAGAAUUGCUGCUGUCAAUUGUGAAGAUGAUUGGUCUCUUUGUUACCAACUGGGUAUUUCUUCUUACCCAACUCUAAUGUUCUAUGAGAAACAAGCGAACCUACAAGAAGGAGAAAGAUAUAAAGGAUACAGAAAUUUCGAAGAAAUUGAAAAUUUCAUUCUCACAAAGAUUCCUUCGAAAAUUACCAUUUUAACUCCAGAAACUUGGCAGCAGAAACAAAAUGAGCAUUCACAGUGGCUUCUCUUUAUGUGUUCAGAAAAUACAGAUUGUAUAGAAAGCAAAACUCAAAUCAAAUUAGCUGCUGCACUAGAAGGACUAGUUGCCGCAGGCGUAAUUCUAGAUGAUAAUUUGGCAGAAAAAAUCGAUAAGACAUUCAAAGACAAUAGAAUUAUUUAUUGGAAAAAAGAAGAUUCUAACAGCAUUAAAAAAAUUGACGGAUCAGAUUUUAUAGAAUUGAUGGAGAACAUAUUGAAUCUUCUUCCAGGGCCACAACUUAUUGACGAAGUUCAUUUCAAAGAGAUCAGAAAUCACUUGAGGGAAGGUGCUACUACUCCCUGGUUAUUGUGCUUCCAUGUUGGAUCUGCGACUGACUUAGAUUUACAAUUGAAACAUCUUCCAUCAUUGCUCACAAAUAUAAAUGUAGGUUUAGUGCAUUGUGCUCAGAGUAGUUCGCUCUGCUCAGAAUUACAUAUCUCCAGAUACCCUGUUUGGGGUACUCUCAAAGUUGGAGGAGCUUUUGAAAUACACCAUGGCAGGGAUGUUAUGCAUGACAUUGUAUCUUUCGCUCGCGAUAGUGUCAGAUCAACAAACUUACGGGCCCUGACACCUGACGAUUUUGAACAAAUAAGGAGAGAAGAUGGAAUAUGGUUCAUAGAUUGGUUUGCGCCUUGGUGUCCUCCUUGUAAAAAACUCCUUCCAGAGUUGAGAAGGGCCAGUCAACAUUUUGAUAAGAAUACAGUUCAGUUUGGAACUAUAGACUGUACCCUUCAUCGAAGUCUCUGUACUAGGGAAGGCAUAUCAGCAUAUCCUACUACAAUUCUCUAUAAUGGUUCUAAAAUUGAGCGAUUUCAUGGUGUACCAAAUGAGGAUGGAAUUGUUGGUUUUAUAGAAGAUGCCAUAAACUCUAAAGUUAUUUCCCUUGAUGAUUCUUCUUUUGUACAAUUAAUGAGAAAGCCUGUUGAUGAAAUUUGGUUUGUUGAUUUCUUUGCACCCUGGUGUGGUCCAUGUCAAAAAUUAUCCUUGAUAUGGAGAAAAUUGGCCAAACAGAUGUCUGAGUUCCCUCAGUUGAAAAUGGCUCAAAUUGACUGUGUUUCUAAUGCUGCCUUAUGUUCAUCACAAAAUAUAAGGGCCUAUCCAACUUUGAGACUCUUUCCUCUUGGCAGUAAAGGACUCAAUAGUGUUAUCUUCUAUACUGGCAACUGGGAAUUAGUAACACUAAAACGGUGGCUUCUGUCCUUGAUACCGUCAAAUGUUAGAGAACUCAACGAAAAUGAAUUCAAACAAGAGGUGUUAAGAGGAAAAUUGAAAAAACCAUGGCUAGUAGAUUUCUUUGCACCAUGGUGUGGCCAUUGUACGCAUUUUGACCCAGAAUUCAGAGAAGUUGCUAAGGAACUUGAGGGGUACGUCAAUUGUGGAAAAGUGGACUGUCAAGCUGAAAAUAAUUUAUGUCAAAGUCUGCAUAUUAAUGCGUACCCUAGUGUUUUCCUAUUCAUUUCUGAUUCACUAAAGUAUGAAAUUUCUGUCAGGAAUACCGAUGAGAUAAUAAAAAAAGUAACUUUAUUAGUUGAUCAUUAUACAAAUAAGGAAAGCCAUGAUGAGCUUUAAAUAGUUGUUAUAUUGUAUGAAUCUCACUUUAUAUUUUUAAGGAAUCACCCCAAAGACUAAUUUUUACAUUAUUUUAUUCAAUUCGCUCCCUUGAGGUAGGUAACUUUUUUGUGGAUAUUCUAAUACACAAUGUAAUAAUAUCCAAGUGUUACUUUUAAAAGCAAAUUAUUGAUUGCCAUAUGGAAGGUGCUACUUUCUAAAAUGAAUGUUCCUUCUAAAAAUAUUCUAGAGAAGUAUGUUUAUUAGGUUUGAAACAGCCUAUCCUAACUUUUAUUGAUAAACAUUUAUACAAGAAUCUCAUAAUAUUUCUCUAUUGUAUUGUAUAAUUGAUCUGCGCUUAAUGAUUAAAAUAAUUUUAAUUUUAAAAUGCAGCUUUGUAUGUUUGUAAUAAAAACCUGUAAUUUUCAAUUUUUACAUGUAUAUUCAGUAAUCUUUCACAUCUAAUUUUUUAUGUGAUAAUUUAAAAUUAAGCAUACUUUUUAUUAUAACAAUUUUAAUUCCCCAAAGUGAAUGAAACUACUUAUUUUAUACAUUAUUUCAUGUAACUGCAAGAUUUAAGAUGAAAUAAAAUCAUAAACAUAAACAAGAAAAUAUUAAUUUGAAAAAUUAAAGUAAUUCAUUCCAUACAUUCAUUAUGUUCUUAAAUAUGAAAUUCUUUAGUUUCUUCCCACAUUCAAUGUGAUUCAUUUAUGCUAACCAUGUUUAGCAUUGAAAUGAAUAAAACCAAAAGUAUUUUUCUUUUCAAUGCUAAACAUGGUCAUCAUAAAUGCAAGAAUAUACAGUGUCACAUUAUAAGGGAAAUAGAUCUUUUCGGUUAGAAUAAUUAAGAUUUUGGAAAAUCGCUCGGACCCGUCAAUUUUGUGCUUGAGGUGUUUUUAAGAGGUGAUGAUACCACGUGAUUUUUACCGCACCUGUCAAAGUUUACCUAUUCAGCUUCCCCCAGCCCUUCUGAGAAGCCGUCACUUUUCUGAAUGAAUGGAGCAAUCUCAAACUUUCUUCUGAUUUUCCGUCCUUUUCUACCAUAUGUAAGAAUUCAGAUACGUUUGACGGCAUUAAAUUCUUACACGCCAGCCAAUGAAUACCCAGCGAACUGAAAAAAUGUUGUUGGAACAUUUGGCAAUGUAUCAUAUAAUUCCUCUACGUGACAACCCCAUCGCUUAAAUUUAUAUAGUGACGAUGGGUUGAGCCAUAUGUUGUUGAAAAAGUCUUCCUCUUGAAUAUGACAGAAAAUUUUUUCAGGAUCUAAUCAAUCAUUUAUAUAAUAUCUGACUGAAAAUCAACAUCUCCCAAGUUACCUUGAAAAUCCUUUUUCAACAUAUCAUCACACAACCCAUAUUGCCUAUUCCAAUUUGAAGGGGAUGGAAUGAUCUGGUUUUUAUGAGGAAAAAUGUCCCCUCAAGUACAAAAUUGAUGGGUUCAUGUGAUUUUCUAACAUUUUAAUAUUUCAACCAGAAAAGACUUCUGUGUUUUUUCAAUGUGACACCUUGUAUAUAUAUAUAUAUGUUAAUAUCCCAAAAAACUGUUCCAGAAUAACAACAGAAAUGAUUUCCUGAAAAUGAAAGUAUAUUUUCUCUUGGAAAAUAUAAUGUAAUGACUCGAUUUUAUAAAUCAUAUCUGUAAAUUAAAGAAAUAACAUUUAA